AAGUUGAUAAUUUGUAAUAUGGGGGAUACAUAUAAAAAUAAGUAAGUUAUAUCAAAUAUGUUGAAAUAUAAAUAACUUUAACUAAUUUAUCAUCUUAUUAAAUUGCACAUUUAUGUUUAAAUUCAAACCAUCUGUGAAUACAGUGUAUAUGGAUAAAUCUAAAAGAAGUCAAUUAUAAUCACUUCUAUAAAUUUAUCAUAAAUUAUAUACAUACAUUUUUAUUUAUUAAUUUCUUAUUAAAUUCCACGUUUUAUUUUUAAAUUCAAACCAUCUGUGAAUAUAUGGAUAAAUCUAUUAUUUUUAUUUAUUUGUCAACUGAUACAUUCAGUAAUAGACACCUUAAUUUACCGGUACAGGUAACCGGAACGUUGAUUUACCUGUACAGGUAGAAGUUAACCUAACUGUUAAAACAACACUCUCCCUAUAUUGUUUACAUAAGUUUUUGGGAGAACCAGGAUAUAUAUUUUUCAGUUUUGCUGGCGGAGGACUGCAUAUGCCCAAGAGACGCAGAUACCGACAAUUAAACAACCGUUUGACCCAACUGAAAACCCUUCUACGCAACGGCGACAUCGACUACAUCAACUAUGGCGACCGAGCAACAUAUUCAUUACAUAUGGAGUGAAAUAAAACAUACUACAUAUAUGAAGUUAUGUGCAAGGGAACAGAGUUUAUCCAGUCCAAAAGGCAGGAUGCCAAAGGCCUCAAAGAAACGGAAGCAUGUUGAGCAAGUCAAUGCAGAGGGACCCAAUGAGGAGGUAGUUGGUGGCAGUGACGGAACAGAAGGACAGCAAGAAUUGAGGAGGUGGAUAGUAUACCCCCAAUGCCCUUGCCAAGCAUUAAUUCUAGUUUGGGAGACAAUGUGUCUCAGUCAAAUAGACAAAAUAAUUGUAACUGGGCAAUAUGUCGAUUUGGGGUUACUGCUCGUACAGAAUCCUGCAGAGCACCAGGAGCAAAAAAAUAUGAAAAAUUCAAAGGGAGAGCUCAUAACCAAAGUUAAAGGAAAUGAGAAAAUUUCAACCAUUGAGGCCUGGACGAAUGCUAUGCUAAUAUUUGCUUCAAUUUAUGGGUCGGCCCACCGAGCCAAGUAUCCAGAUUUAUUAAAAUACAUAUCAACAGUCCGUUUGGGGGCAGCUAGGUCAGGGGGUGGAAGAAAUUAGAUGAGCAAUUUCGUUUAAGGAAAGCUCAGGACCCUGAUAGCUCGUGGGCUUGUGUUGAUAUGGAGCUGUAGUUACUUUGCAUGUCGGGUACAUAUAGUCAAACUCCUGUUGUCCACAAUGUCCAGUCGAGAAAUGACAGAUGUUUUUUAUUUCAAUUUCAAGGGGUCAUGUUUCAAGUCUCCUUGUCGGUAUGUACAUUCUUGCACAAAAUGUGGGGGCAGUCAUGCAAUGAUAGUUUGUCGUUUCAAUGGGGUCCAGGGCAGUACAACGUCCCUCAUAGAUUUUCUCACCCACGUUUUUCAUACACUCGUCCUGGUGGCAGUCAGCAAUAUGUUAAUUAUACCCAGCAGGGUAACACUCCACAGGGUAACAUGUUACAAGGUAUGACAUCCCAUGGCUAUGCCUACCAGGCUAAUUCACAGUUGGGCGGCAACCAAGGUUUUGGUCAACAGGGAGCUGGUAAGCCCAAGGGGCAGGGAUUUCAACAACCAUUUCGGGGAAGGGGAAGAGGACGAUUUAUGGGUCCUAGGUAGAACCCCUGUUAAAGUUCACAAGCUGAGGUUAUGCUUAUCAAAAUAUCCUCUCACAUCUAUUGCCAGAUAGUUGCUUGAAGGCUUUGAGAUAGGUUUUAAAUUACAAUACACAGGCCCUCGACAGCCAACGACUGUAAAAAUCUAAAAUCUGCAGAUGAGCACCCUGUAGAGUUAAGGGAGAAAGUUAACAAAGAGAUAGAGGCAGGAAGGAUGGUAGGACCCUUUACAAUAAGACCAAUUCCUAAUCUUAGGUUAUCACCAGUGGGCGUUGUCCCCAAAUCUGAUGGGAAAUGGAGGCUAAUUACUCAUCUGUCUUACCCAGCGGGAAAAGGGGUAAAUAGUUAUAUUCCUGAAGCCCUCUCAUCUGUUAAAUACUCACCCUUUGAUAACGUUAUUGAGAUGGUAAGUUCCCUUGGUAAGGAAGCAUUGCUGGCAAAGAUGGAUAUAAAGUCGGCAUUUAGAUUACUUCCUGUUUUUCCAGGUGAUUUUGAUCUGCUUGGCUUAAAAGUAGACAAUCAGUACUUUAUCGAUAAGUGUUUGCCAAUGGGCUGCUCCAUCUCAUGUAGGUAUUUUGAGAACUUUUCCACUUUUUUACAUUGGUUGGUGAUUUACAGAUCAGGAAUAAAUUCAUUAGAUCAUUAUCUAGAUGAUUUUUUGUUUGCUGGUAAAAGAGAGUCUGGCAAUUGUGAGGCAUUGAUGCUUUGUUUUUCCGGGAUUUGUGAGGACUUUGGUAUCCCAAUAGCACAUGAGAAAACAGUGGGUCCUGUGACUGUGUUAGUUUUUCUUGGUCUACAGAUAGUUACUGUGAACAGAGUUGUUCGUAUACCACAACAUAAAGCUGAGGAACUCCAUGGUUUGCUCCUAAAGUAUUCAAAGUGUAAGAAAAUUACUAAGAAGGAACUCGAGUCAUUGGUGGGUAGUUUGUGUUUUUAUUGUAGAGCGUUAAAACCAGGGCCGGCUUUUUUACGCAGAUUUUAUGAUGAAUUGGCAAAGGUAUCUCAGCCCCAUCAUUUCAUUAGGGUACAUUCAGGCAUGCGGGAGGAUAUGGAUAUGUGGUUAGAGUUUUUGGAGACAUUCGAUGGUCAGGCAUACUUUCAAGAGUCAACUUGGUUAGAUAGUAACACAUUACAGUUGUAUACUGACAGUGCCGGCUCUGCUAAAUUGGGGUGCGGGGCUUUCUUUGCAGGGAAAUGGGUGUUCUUUCCAUGGCCCAUUAAGUGGGAAGGCCUUUCAGUUCUUAGGGACAAAACAUUUCUGGAAUUUAUAUCAGUGAUAUUGUCAUUGAUGUUAUGGGGACUAGCAUUACAGAACAAACAUGUUCGGUUUAGGAUGGACAACAUUGCAUUGGUUUCAGUUUUAAACACUCAGUCAUCAAAAUCACACAGGUUGAUGUUUUUGGUCAGGGUUUUUGUGAAACUAGUUAUGCAUAUAACAUAAAUUUUAGAGCACAGCAUAUUGAUGGUUUGUCAAAUGAGUUAGCUAAUGUUAUAUCUCGUAAAGAGUGGACCAAGUUCAGGGAGCUGCAACCCGGGGCUCAGGAAGCACCAGAGGCCUUGCCAGAGGGAUUUCUGCAGUUGAUCUCAAAAGUGAAUGUCACAGACUUUUAACGGCAUGUCUUGCUAGUAAUACACACUCUACAUACAAUAAAGGGUUGAAAUGCUUUGAAUCAUUUCGGAAAGCAAAUGGCUUAGAAAUAAUAUGGCCAUCUAGUGUAGUACAAAUAACACACUUUAUUGCCUACUUACCACUUAAUGGUAAGUCUCCCGCUACAGCAAGAGCCUAUGUGUCUGCAGUUGCUUACCAUUGCAAAAUUAAGGGCCAGGAGGAUACUACACAAUGUUUCCUUGCGUCAAAGAUGUUAGAGGGAAUGAAGAGGUUAAAACAUAGAGCAGACACUCGUCUCCCUAUUACCUCAGAGUUAUUGUUGCGCAUAGUCAGAGUGCUUCCGAAUAUUUAUUUAGAUUCAUAUGAAGUCAAACUUUUCAAGCUUGCUUAUGUUAUAGCAUAUUUUGGUUUAUUGCGGGUAGGGGAGAUAACUGUUGCAAAAGAGCGCCUACCUCAUCUAAUUGUACAACGGGAGGAUAUCACAGUAAGUGAUGGGAAAAGCAUGUCUAUUUUUCUUCGCUUUUCCAAAACUGAUCAACUGGGGAAAGGGACAACAUUAGUUUGGUAGUAAGGCCAGUCCAGGAAGGCCCGCUAUUGUGUCAUUUUGGGGGCGCACCACUCACUCGUUACCAAUUUUCAGCAGUGUUACAGAAGUCAUUAAAAUUGUUAGGUGUUGAGUCAGGGUGUUACCGAUCCCAUAGCUUUAGGGUUGGUAGGGCCUCCGCGUUGAAAGUUGCAGGGUAUACUGAUUCAGUUAUUCAAGCAGCAGGGAGAUGGAGUUCAAAUGUUUUUAAAACGUACAUAAGAGUUCCAAAGCCUCAAUCAUAUUGAUGAAUCAAUGCAGAUAUAGUGUUCUAGGUUCAUGGAUUAUCAAGUUUUUAUUGAUUUUUGUGAAAAUCAUUUCGAUCAAAUCAAAAUUAUGUCGUUCACAAUUUGUGUGAGGCUCAUCACCCCCAUAAAUGGCAUUACUGUGUACUUACACCAGUUUUUUUAAGCUUUCAGUGUGGUGUGUAGAGUCAUCACUAAUUAAGAAAGCCCAUUUGGAAUCACUGAGAAGACCAGGGGGACCUGGACUUACACUUGAGGAACGCUUUGGCAUGAUCAUUUGGUGGCAGGGAUAUAGUGGACUUACUUUAACGAAGCUUGAAUCAAAGUUGGUCACUUUGUGUAAAGUGUCUGACAAUAGUCCAAAAUUUAUGCUGAUUCACUGUGGUGGUAAUGAUGUUGGCAUGUUAUCAAUUGGUGAUUUGUGUCGUGUUGCUGUUAGAGUGUUGAGACGUGUCCAGACUAUGUUCCCAAACACCAAAAUUAUCUGGUCACAGAUAUUACCUCGCCUAGUAUAUAGAUAUUCUAACAACAAUGAGGCCAUGGAUAAAGCCCGGAAGAAGCUAAAUGGUGUUUGUGCUAAAACAGUCCUUGGGAUGGGCGGGGGAUAUAUCAAGCAUCCCGGUAUAAAAUUAAGACACAGGCCUUUGUUCAUAGACGGGGUCCAUUUGUCUUUGGUUGGGAGUAACAUUUUCUUGAAUGGCAUUCAAGGGGGGUUAGAAUAUAUCGCAUUUAGUGGGCAGACUGUAUUUCCGUCUGAUGAACAUGAAGCAAUGUUUCACUUCUGGUUGGUUUUAACGUUGUUUUGUGUGGUCGCGAGCUGUAGUAUAAAGCUUUGUGAUGCCGCGUCCACCCCCCCCCCCCC